ACUCGCUCAUCCCAGGGCCCGCCUGUUCCCAGGCCGGGGGUCCGUGAUGGCCUGCCGCUCCUGCGUCGUUGGCUUCAGCAGCCUCAGCGGCUGUGAGGUGACCCCAGCGGGCAGCCCCCGGCCUGGAGCCUCGGGAUGGAGCAGCUGUGGGACCCCUGGGUCAGGCUUCAGCUCCCACAGCCUGACGGGCUGCUGGUCGGCUGGCACCAUCCCCAAUGUGACCGUGAACUCCAGCCUACUGGUGCCCCUGGACCUCAAAGUGGACCCGGCCAUCCAGCAGCAGAAGAACCAGGAGAAGGAGGAGAUGAAAGUCCUCAAUGAUAAAUUUGCCUCCCUGAUUGGCAAGGUGCAAGCUCUGGAGCAGCGCAACCAGCUGCUAGAGACCCGCUGGAGCUUCCUGCAGGGCCAGGACACAGCCACCUUCGACCUCAGGCACCUCUAUGAGGAGUACCAGGGCCAGCUGCAAGAGGAGCUGCGCAAAGUGAGCCAGGAGCGGGGCCAGCUGGAGGCCAACUUGCUGCAGGUGCUGGAGAAGGUCGAGGACUUUCGAAUCAGGUAUGAAGAUGAGAUCUCCAAGCGCACGGACAUGGAGUUCACCUUCGUCCAGCUGAAGAAGGAUCUGGACACAGAAUGUCUUCGUCGAACUGAAUUGGAAACCAAGCUAAAAAGCCUACAGAGCUUCGUGGAACUGAUGAAAACCAUCUACGAGCAGGAGCUGAAGGACCUAGCAGCCCAAGUGAAAGAUGUUUCAGUGACUGUUGGCAUGGACAGCCGCUGCCACAUUGACCUGAGCAGCAUCGUGGAGGAGGUGAAAGCCCAGUAUGACGCCAUCGCAGCUCGCAGCCUAGAAGAGGCUGAGGCGUAUUCACGGAGCCAGCUUGAGGAGCAGACUACCCGUGCGGCCGAGUUUGGGAACUGUCUCCAGAGCAGCCGCAGCGAGAUUGCGGACCUCAACGUGCGUAUCCAGAAGCUCCGGUCCCAGAUCCUCUCUGUCAAGAGCCACUGCCUGAAACUGGAAGAGAAUAUCAAGGCAGCAGAGGAACAGGGGGAGCUGGCCUUCGAGGAUGCCAAGGCCAAGCUGGCCCAGCUGGAGGCUGCCCUGCAGCAGGCCAAGCAGGACAUGGCACUGCAGCUGCGCAAGUACCAGGAGCUCAUGAACACCAAGCUGGCCCUGGACAUCGAGAUUGCCACCUACCGCAAGCUGGUGGAGGGCGAGGAAAGCCGGAUGGACCUGCCCUCAGCCACCGUGGUCAGUGCCGUGCAGUCCAGAUGCAGAACCGCUGCCUCCAGGUCAGGCCUCUCCGAGACCUCCUCCCGGAAGAAGAAGUGUAAAGGUCCCGUGAUCAAAAUCACCGAAAUGUCAGAGAAGUACUUCUCACAGGAGUCAGAGGUCUCAGAGUAA